GUUCCAGUUGUUGUGUCAGAUGUGAAAGCGACAUUACCGUCAACUGCAACCACUACAACUACAACUGGCGGCAGCCCGCAACGCAGUUCAAAGCUGCCAACAAAGUGUACCGCCCCCGUGACUACUUCAAAAUCAACCCCGGCAGCCACCAGCCGUAAAAUACCGAUUGCUGCGAAAUCAGGCUCACCAAAACACCGUAAAGUAAUCGCAACAGCUAGUGCAGUUACAAGCGCCGCCAUGCCCCAGCGCUCCAACAGCAAUGCGGCCAUACGUGUGACCAGCAGCGCAGCGCGCAUUACACGCGUAUCGACUACGACGCCUCCUACGCGCAGCAAUUCAAAUCUCAACAGCCGUGAUACCGCCACAACGGCUGCAGCGCAUGCUACAAAAAAUGCAGUGGCAAAAAUCAAUCAAGCGCAAAGUCGCAUCGCCAACAUUUGGAAGCGCGUAAAUGACGCAAAAAGCAUACGGCAAGACCAGCAAAAGGGGCCGCGCGUCAGCGCAGCACGUGGCUCUGCUGCAGUGGUGAGUAAACUGAAGUCGCAGCAAACGAAGUCGUCGCCGGCACUAAAUGCGCCCAAGACUACAGUGGGUCAACGAACGACGCAGCAGCAGCAACAACUGCAAAAGAAGCAAACGCUGAUACGUAGCUCAACAUUCGAUAAUACGCCGAAAGGUGUCGACGGUGAGCUACAAAAUGGAGCAGUAAAAACUGCAGUGAACACGGUUGGUGGUAGGCUGGCAGGAUUGCAGCGAGGCGGUAGAAAGUAAGAUGACAAAGUAAACUUUUAAUAGCCGUACAACUAACGCAAUUUUAUUCGGUAAUCAGAUUAGAUUAUAGAACGAACGUAAUACUUGUCA